AUGCCUAAUAUUAACAGAAUCGAAAAUUUAUCGAAUAACGAUGAUUCACAAAAUCAAAUACAGCGGGACAGAAAAAUGCGCGAAAAUCGCAAAAGAUCGAACGAUAAAUACCGAAGCAUAAAAAGCAAACAAUUAUGCAAAAUCAAAUUAGCUAAAUACAUUGUUAAUGAUCUAAAAAAUUACGGGCCGGGUAAUUUGAUUCACGUAAACGCGCUAAGUACUAUGACAGGGAAAUCUAUUCGAAUAUGGAGAUCGAAAGAUAGCUUAUAUCAAACGGUAGAUGAUCCAACGAAUCAAAAAUUGAGCAAGGAUUUCAUCGACAUAGAAUAUCACAAACAGUCAAAUUUGAUAGGACAUUGGACGCUAUUAAAUAAUAUAGAUCCUAUUAAUGUCGAGCUGGAUUUAAACGCGUGUCUAUUUGCAGUAAUAGCUGCUCAAAGUGGAGAAAGCACUGACGAUUUAAGAAAUAAUACUAUUGAUUUUUUAACAAAUAAUUCCAAACAUUUAAUCGAUCAAAUCGAUAAAUUUUUAUCUUCGAAUAAUAAUGCAAAACAGCUAAUGAUCGGCGGUGCUCGAUAUAUCGGUACAUCACCCAGAGCAGCGGGUAUCAUUCUUGAUAAGUCGCAAAAUGUUUUGUGUCACGAUUGUAGAGCACUUGGUCAUCCAAGAGGGCACGCAUCCGAUAGAUUUGCUACAGGCCCAGAGGAUAGCGUCGAGAACUAUUCUCGAACAACGCGUUCAAGGAAAUCUGGUUUUUUGAGUAGAACGGAUCAAGACAAUGUGGCCCAUCUCGUCUUAAGUCAUGCAAAAGCGAGGCAAGCAAUGGAGGAAUUAAAUACUGGCGCGACAUCCAUAGCGGUAGAGUUAUCGCGUAGAGAUUUACAAAUAAAUCAUUUUAUUCUACCUCGAAUGAAGGAAUUCUAUAAUGGUACAGCGAAUUCCGAGGAAUUAAACAUUAAUUGUGUUAUAAUAGUACUGAGACAUCAUAUAGGAAAAUACAGAGAUCCCAAUGCAGACGUUUUUGUACAUACAUUUUAUCCAAAAAAAGAUUGUUGA